AUGGCCAACGCGCGUGGAGGACGCGCGUACGGCGUCAUCCACUGUUGUUUAUACCUGCUGCUGACGGGCAUCGUCACGCUCGCUCAAGACAUUUCGCCUGGCAGCCGCUAUUACAAUCGCGACGGCGUGUACGUGCCGCAAGACAAGACCUUCGUCUACAACGGUAGACGGUAUGGGUACGGAUAUCAACCUAGCUACCUGGAGCCCGGUUACAGAGGACCAACGAGGGCACCCGAAGAUCGAUUUAUUUAUGGCACCACAGAAAGGCUUCCAUUGCCAGGAAUAUUAGCUGGUUGGCGUGAAGAUCUUCAAGGAAGAGAAAGAGCAGAUUCUAAACUUUAUAUAAAAGACAGAGACAUACUUGUGAAUACAAAUUAUGGCCAAGUUCAAGGAUUUAAAGUCCAAUUGUAUGAUGAUCCAUUUGCGAGGCAUAGACCUUGGAAUGUAGCAGUCGAAAGAGUCACAAAAAGUGUUAAUGUAUUUUUGGGUGUUCCUUAUGCCAUGCCACCUAUUAAAGAUGGUCGUUUUAAACCUCCUAGACCUCACAGAGGAUGGCAACUUUUACAAGCUGUUGAUUGGGGACCAGCUUGUCCUCAGCCUAGCGAAUAUACUGGUGCAACAAAAGGUAUACGAGACGUUGACGAAGACUGCUUGUACCUAAACAUAUUUACACCUUCUAUUGGCUAUGGAUUAGCAAAUAGAUAUCCAGUGAUGUUUUACAUACAUGGUGGCGAAUUUAGUCAUGGGGCGAGUAAUUUAUUUCCAGCUCAUAUACUAGCUGCCUUUUACAAUGUCGUAGUGGUAUCAAUUAAUUAUCGCCUUGGAGCUCUUGGUUUUCUAAGUACUGGAGAUGAGAAUAGCCCUGGAAAUUAUGGAAUUCUUGAUCAAGCUAUGGCUUUGCGAUGGGUCUAUGAUAAUAUAGUCACCUUUAAUGGAGAUCCUGACUCUAUAACACUGUUUGGACCAGGUGCUGGAGCAGCAAGUGCGGGAUUAUUAAUGGUUGCACCAAAAACUCGACAGAUGGUAUCAAAAGUGAUAGCGCAAUCGGGUUCAGCCUUAGCUGAUUGGGCGGUAAUAGUAGACAAAUACCGAGCACAAAAUACAUCUCGAGUAUAUGCAGAAAUGCUCGGUUGUAGUAUAGAGAGUAGUUGGAAAUUAGUACAAUGCUUAAAAGAUGGACGUAGUUUCCUUGAAUUAGGUAAUUCUGAAUUAAAACCACAUGUCGGAAUGUUUCCGUGGGCACCUGUACUGGAUGUCAAUUUUACGAUACCUCGAGAUGAUUGGUACGAAGACUGGAGAGCAUCCGACUGGCGCUUUUUUACAGAAACACCAGAAGAAAGUAUUAAAACUCACAAAUAUAGGAAAGAUUUGGCUUACAUGGCUGGUGUUACAACUCAAGAAGCAGCAUUUAUUAUAAAAAAUAAUGCUACGUUAGCAAGAAAUCAAUUCAUAAUAACUCCUGAAAUGUUUGAUCAAAAGAUUUGGGAAUUAGUUCUUCGGUAUAACUAUACCCUAAAUCCACAAGGCAUUUAUGAAGCGAUAAAAUAUAUGUAUACAUAUUGGCCGGAUCCAAUGAACGUUACGCACAUACGUGAUCAAUAUAUAAAUCUCUUAUCAGACUUUCAUUAUGUUGCACCAUACGACAAAAUAGCAAAAUUAUUGGUGGAAAAACAUGUACCGACAUAUCUCUAUGUCUUAAAUACUUCGAUAGAAUCAAUUUAUUCGCCACAAUGGGCUAGGGUACCUCAUGAUACCGAGCUUUUGUGGCUGACAGGAGCACCAUUUAUGGACGUUGAAUUUUUCCCACAAAAAUGGAGAUUAAAUCGAGAAAUGUGGACUGAUAGUGAUCGUAAUAUGAGUCACUUUUUCAUGAUGGCGUAUUCUAAUUUUGCAAAAUAUGGAAACCCAACGCCUUCGCAAAUCUUGGGUUUGCAUUUUGAUCUUGCACGUUAUGGACAAUUGCGAUAUCUCAAUAUCAAUACGACAUUCAAUAGCUCCAUUCAAAUAAACUAUCGUCAAACAGAGAGCGCAUUCUGGUCCAUGUAUUUGCCGACUGUUAUUGGUUACCUUGUCCCUACCUAUCCUCCCGUUACAGAAUAUUGGUGGGAACCUAAACAGCCAUUGCAAAUUGCAUUUUGGUCGAUGUCGACGGCAUGUCUGCUGCUACUUGUACUUUCCGUGGUGUGCUGUAUGCUUUGGCGUAACGCCAAAAGACAAUCUGAUCACUACUAUAGCGGAGACAUCCUGAUGGUACGAGACGAUGAGCACUCCGAGGGAAUCGAGAAUAUAACACGUUCAUCUAAAGAAAACAUAUACGAAUAUCGUGACGUACCAGUAAAGGCCCGAAUACCGCGUCAAAAUGAAGCGAGACUGCAGGAACGUUUAGCGCAUAAUAGAAAAUUCAGUUCUACACCCUCAUUACGUAGCAAUUCUAAUGUCUCAUUAAAAGAUAUGAGAUCAGAAGGUUUCGUCACUAGCUCACCUAAUGGUCAGCUUAAAAUGGUAAAGACACUGAGUCAAUCUGCACUGCCAAAAGCUAAAAGCAAAACACUUUUAGUACAGGGAGUACCACAAACAGCUGUUUAAUACUUAAGUUACCGUUAUACAAAAAAAAAAUCGAUACAAUCUUUUUAUAUUUAUUUUUUUAU